AAAAGAAAGGUGAAUGACCUCAAUGGAAGACUCCCAGGAUCUAAGUGAACAGUCAGUGAAGAAGCCGUGUCCAGAGUCCGAUGGUUCAGAGCCGCAGAAUCCCAGGUCUAUGGAAAUGCAGGAUCUAGCCAGUCCUCAUAAUCUUGUUGGAAGUAGUGAUGCAGCAGGUAGUUCCAAAUUGGAUAAAUCUAAUCUCAGUAGCACAUCAGUCACAACAAAUGGAACAGGAGGAGACAACAUGACUGUGUUAAAUACUGCAGACUGGUUGCUGAGUUGCAGUACUCCCUCCUCUGCAACAAUGUCUCUUCUUGCAGUCAAAACAGAACCCAUGAACAACAGUGAAACAGCAACAACAACUGGAGAUGCAUCGCUUGACACUUUUACUGGGUCAGUAAUAACAAGUAGUGGCUACAGUCCCAGAUCAGCGCACCAGUACUCUCCACAGAUAUAUCCCUCCAAGCCCUAUCCGCACAUUCUUUCUACACCAGCAGCUCAAACAAUGUCUGCCUACGCCGGCCAAGCGCAGUAUUCGGGAAUGCAGCAGCCCGCGGUGUACACGGCCUACUCACAGACAGGACAGCCCUACAGCCUGCCCACCUACGAUUUGGGUGUAAUGUUGCCAGGCAUCAAGACGGAAAGUGGGCUCUCGCAGACCCAAUCUCCUCUGCAGAGCGGGUGCCUCAGUUACAGCCCAGGGUUUUCCACCCCACAGCCAGGCCAAACACCCUACUCCUACCAGAUGCCAGGUUCUAGUUUCACACCAUCGUCCACUAUUUAUUCAAACAAUUCUGUUUCAAAUUCUACAAACUUCAGUAGUUCACAACAGGAUUAUUCUUCAUACACAGCUUUUGGCCAAAAUCAGUAUGCACAGUAUUACUCAGCAUCAACAUAUGGUGCAUAUAUGACCUCAAACAACACGGCUGAUGGCACUUCAUCAUCAUCAACUUACCAAUUACAGGACUCUCUCCCUGGCUUGACUAGUCAACCAGGAGAGUUUGACACAGUGCAGAGCCCCUCCACGCCAAUCAAAGAUCUUGAUGAGAGAACAUGUAGGAGUUCUGGGUCAAAGUCUCGGGGUAGAGGGCGGAAGAAUAAUCCAUCACCCCCUCCGGACAGUGACUUGGAGCGUGUAUUUGUUUGGGAUUUGGAUGAAACAAUCAUAGUUUUUCAUUCGCUGCUUACAGGAUCCUAUGCACAGAAGUAUGGCAAGGAUCCACCCAUGGCAGUGACCCUUGGACUACGAAUGGAAGAAAUGAUUUUUAAUCUUGCUGACACACAUUUAUUUUUUAAUGAUUUAGAGGAAUGUGAUCAAGUUCAUAUAGAUGAUGUUUCUUCAGAUGAUAAUGGACAAGACCUAAGUACCUACAGUUUUGCAACUGAUGGCUUCCAUGCAGCUGCAAGUAGUGCAAACCUUUGUCUGCCAACAGGUGUAAGAGGAGGGGUUGACUGGAUGAGGAAGCUGGCUUUCCGUUACAGAAGAGUAAAAGAGUUGUAUAAUACUUACAAGAACAACAUAGGAGGACUCCUGGGUCCCGCUAAAAGAGAUGCAUGGUUGCAAUUAAGAGCAGAGAUUGAAGCUCUGACAGACUCCUGGCUUACAAAUGCACUUAAAUCGUUAUCAAUUAUCAGCACAAGGAGUAAUUGUGUGAAUGUGUUGGUAACAACAACCCAGCUUAUCCCAGCACUUGCAAAAGUUCUACUAUACAGCUUAGGUGGAGCUUUUCCUAUUGAAAAUAUAUACAGUGCAACCAAAAUAGGCAAAGAGAGCUGUUUUGAGCGUAUAGUGUCCAGAUUUGGCACUAACAUAACUUAUGUUGUGAUUGGAGAUGGCCGAGAUGAGGAACAUGCAGCUAAUCAGCACAACAUGCCUUUCUGGAGGAUAUCCAGUCAUUCGGACCUCUUGGCUCUCCAUCAAGCACUGGAACUAGAGUAUUUGUAA